GCGCACGGUACCCCCCAACAGCAAACGUAUUAAACCAUAAAGAAGAACAUGACCUUUUUCCUUUUUCUCUCGCGAGCAUCCGCACGAUUAAACGCACCUCAAGCCUUUCGUUUUCUUCUACUUCGAAUAGAUUCAUCGUUUUUCGUUUCCUGCCGUUUUAGAGUUCACCCAAAUCUCGCGUGACCCUGUUUUCGUUGGCGUACUGCGCCAUCCAUCACAUCACAGAGCCGCCUUUGGGGUUGUGUGAGCUACCGAGCACCGUCACUCCCACCACAUAGAGACACACACUAGAUAUCUCACCUCCCUUCCAUAGUAGUUCCUUUUUUGUUCUCUAACAUAGAUUUCAUCGUUACAUCUAUUCUGCUUUCCAAAACAAGAUUUUUUAUUUGAAAGAGCCCCCUCUCUCUUCCUUCUCUUCGUCACGUCAUCGCAGCGCCACGAAGUUGGAGUGGAAGAUGGCGGCUCUCCUUCGGAAGCUGCACGGGUCCACCGCCCCGACGCGGAGCCCCAUGCCGACCGCCACCUCUGCCUCUCCCACGAGUGUCCACACCUUCUUGAUUGAGGUGAUCGCGUUCGGCGAGGUGUACGCCGUGCCGGUCACCAAGGCCACUCCGGCCACCGUGGUGCUGCGCUACGUGAUGGAGGCGGCGGUGUCGCCGGAGGACGCCGCACAGUUGGGCAACGUCGAGGCAACGCUCUACUACAAGGAGAAGCCGCUGCCGUUGGACACGGUGAUAGGCACACUGCCGAAGCGAGCAGUUUUGCACCUGCACUCCAGUCUGUCAGCGACCUCUUCUGUGGUGCGGGACCGGAGCACGAGCGCCGUCUCGAUGCUGCCGCUGGACCGCCAGCGGUAUUCCCGCACUACGGUCACGAUGCAGCCGGUGCUGAAGGAAGGCAGCAGGGCCCGAGAAGGGUCGGGCUCGACCACUGGUGGGCUGUCCUCCGAAGGCCGCAGCAGCCCCAGCGCGGAACGGCACGGUUCCUCCACGGAGCCCAUUGCUGUGGACCCUUCCGUGCACGACGCAGGGAUGGGUGGGAUGAUGCUGGCAUCUCCUGGCUCCGCGCCGAUGAUGGUGCUUCCGCCCAUGAUGGUGCCGAUGGUGUCCCCCACGGUGCACGCCGGCUACGCAGGUGCAGCAUCCCCAGUAGCCAUGAUGCCCUACUACUACUGCAUGCCGAUGGGACCUGCGGGGAGUGGCCUUCGCGUGUUGGGUGCGCAAGGCCGCACGGUGUCCGCGACGUCGCUCUCCGCCAGCCGCCGCCGCGAUAGUGCGGUGGAGUUCGCCAACAGCUACCACUUUCCCCCGCAUGAGAACCCAUUGAGUGCGACUGUGUCGGCGGCAGCGAAUCAUACUGGUGCGGACACGCCGUCGCCGCGGCCGUCUCCUGCCGGUACCCCCGCCGCGCGCCGCGUCAGCGCUCUCGGUAGCGAGAAUUACUUGGUGGUCUAUCUGCGACUCCCACGCAACCGGGCAGCCGCGUGUCUCUCUGCAGCGGCGUUGAGCGCGGACGGCAACAUCGAGGUGGAGGAGGUGGCACCGGACGAGGUGCCGCUCGACGAGCUCCUCAACGCGACCUUCUCGACGGUGGCGACGAACAAGUCGCAGCUGCCGCGGGCGUACGCGUAUCGCCGCCUGCGAGUGCGGAAGGACUUCCCAGUGGGCACGCUGCGGGAGCUCUGUGCGGUGUCCUCGCACCACCGUCUGCACCUGGCACACAAGGAGGUGGCGGACGAGGGAUGGAGCUUCGCGGAGUUGGAGGUGCCCACCAACGCCGUCUUCUACUUCAAGGCCCCACUAGGGAAGGACAACAGCUCAACCCAGCAGGCAUGCACGCUGACUCGGGAACGACUGAAGGAGCACCUCAACGCUGGCACCGCCGCUGCUGCCAAGUCGGAUGAAAAGCCGUUGAACGCACCUGCCGGCAGACCUUUGCACGUUGACGCGGUGCGACCAUCUCUCGACCGCUCGCCACCGACGCCGGCGAUUCCAAGCGACGAGCCGCAUUAUCAACCGCAAAAGUAUCGACGCCACCACGGCAGCGGCAUCAGCGCCAUCAGCAGCAUCACGAGCAGCCAGUCCAUCCAUGAGCGCAUCGAGGCCUUCAACGAGGGCGCCGUGCACAACACCGGCUACGCUGCAGGCGCAGACGAGGAGCCGAUGCAGGCGUUCGAGGCGGCACAGCGGCAGCUGUCGCCACGCCGGUACGUGGUGGAAGGGAAGGAGGCGAUCAUCACGUCGGCCGUGGCGGCUGAGCAGGCCCGCUGCUCUAUUGAACGCGUCGCGCGACUGGCCGAGGCGGCAGCGGAGGAAGCAGCAGCAGCAGCAGUGCCAACGACUCCGCAGCGGGCCGGCCACCGCCGAUCAUCGUCGUCGUCGUCGUCGCGCACCCGUCACGCCGCCGGUCAUCCCGUCGUGUGGCCAGUGGAGAAGGAGGAGGACGUGGACGUCGACGUCGUGACCGAGACGCCCUCCGAUGCCCCUGCCGCCGUCCUCCACACCGCCCGCGGCGCGACGGAAGUGGCAGAGUCGCGGCACCCGCUUUCCGCUUCCAUCGUGGUGCUGCCAAGCGUCAAGAAGCCCAAAAAGGGGAAGGCGCCGGCGGGGGAAAAGGACGCGUCUCGCACAUCGUCCGUCGCGUCGUUGCAGCAACGCGGGCCGCACCCAACACGCCUGUCGAGAGUGAAGAAGACCCACCGCGAGGGUGAACGGGAUGCAGCGAGGAAGCCGGCGGCUGCUUUCUCUCCCACGUCAGAAGCCUCGAAGGAGCCCACCAGUGACCUCCCUUGCACUCCCUUCGUGCCGAAAGAUGUUGAUGGGACAGCCGCUCCUGCUGCGACCGUCCCCGCCAGCGACAAGCCCGCAAAUGAGAAGUCCGAAUCAAAGAAGCUGAAGCGAUCCGGCACGCCGGCCUCCCUCUCGCCUGAGCUGCGCAGCCGCUCUGCUUCGGCUGCCUCGUCGCGUCACUCCAGUCGAUCGACGAGCGUCGCUGCUUCGUUGAAGGCGUCCUUUCAGCGGCUGACAAAGCGCACGCCGAAGGACGGAGCUGCCAAGCCGAACGCGACGGCUUCCCCCACCUCCAAACCCAUGGAUGUGCAGCCGGCACCGACCACCACUGCGGAUGAAGAGUCGCUCAGCGAAAUGCAGGCAAAAUCAGAGCGACAGAGCCGCAAGAAGGCAAAGCGAGCCGCAGCUGCUGCUGCUACCGCCGCCAAUAUCACUCCCGAAGACACCGUCACUGCGGCCGCCUCGGAGGGCGACAUGAAGGAGCAGCUGGCUACAAAGGCGGACCACCCGAAAAGCACUCCCGUAGAAGCAACGCACACGGCGGCCGUCGUGCACACUAAAAAGAAGGUACGUAGGAGCAACGGCACCGCGUCCGGGUCCGCCGCUGCUUCCACGACGCCAUCUCCGUCCUACAGCGAACGCCGUCGCCAGUCUGCGGAUGCGGUGCCUCGCCAGCCCGUCGCCUUCCUCGGUGCCGAUCCAGCGCAGCAACACCGGCAACAACCGCAGAUAAUCGCAGCGUCGACGACCGAACUCGGUGCGACGCCCACGGCGAGUACGCUGGAGGAGGUGAGCGCGACUCUCGGACCGGCAGCGCUGAGCACCACCCGCAUCCCCUCUCCGCGCAGCUCCCCCGCACCGGUGUCCAUACUCGUCUCUCCGUCGCUGGAGCAGCGCAGGCGGAGCGCAUCGAGUGCAACGCCGGCCUCACGCGCCGUCUCGCCGGACUGCAGCGUGGAGAGCACCGGGAGUCUCCACCACCUGCGCAUUACGAUUAAAGACCCGGUGGACUCGACACGCUUCCACUACUGCGUUCCGGUGGAGCCAGAGUGCCCGGUGGCGGCGCUGCGGGAGUGGAUUUCAGCGAUGCAGCCGCCGAGCACGGUGACGGGCGUGACGCCGCCGAGUCUGCGCAAUGUGGAUCGCUACGGCGUGUUUGCGGGAGACACGUAUCUUCAUGAUGAGGGCACCGUGACGUUCGGUGACGUGACACGCGGCCGCAACGACGUCAUCUUCUCAAUCCGCAGACGCUUUUAA